AUGAAGUUAAUUAUUUUGGGGGGGCCCGUGGUGGGUAAAGUUAACGUUGACGUCACACCGGAUAAACCAUUCGGGGAGGUCUUUGCAUUGAUUCGGGCGGCGGUUGAUAAAGGCGCGCUUUGGGACAAAUUCCAGCUUAACGUGGCGGAGGUGCGUGAUCGGAAGGUCAGAGCCACCACCCGCGUCAUCCAGUCAACGGAUACGGCAGAAUCCCUCGGUCUUAGUUCAGAUGCUGCCGUCCUAAUCCUGCGGCCACUCGAUCGAAACAUGUCUGGGGGGCCAACGGUGGCGGAUAGAGUCACUGACACCAAUUCCACUCCCCCGAAAUCGACACAAUGUGAUUAUCGCAGUCGCAUGAUAGCCAUUUAUCAAAAGUACGAGCCUUCGAAGGUGGGAACGGUGGAUGCAUCACUGCAGAAGUUUAAAGGAAAAGAGGAGGCAGUCAUUCGGCAACUUGUGAAACAGUACGGGCCGGAGCCACCUGUCAGCGCCAAUACGCCUUCAGGCAAUACCCCCGGGCCACAGUCGGCACUCUCACCUGUUUCACCGCUACCACCAGCAGCGGCACCAGAAGUGGCAGCGGCAUCACCCGUGGUGGAGUCCUCCUCUGAGACUGCAGAGAAAAGUUACCGCAGUCGCAUGAUAGCCAUUUAUCAAAAGUACGAGCCUUCGAAGGUGGGAACGGUGGAUGCGUCAUUGCAGAAAUUUAAAGGAAAAGAGGAGGCAGUCAUUCGGCAGCUUGUGAAAAAGUACGGGCCGGAGCCCGACGCCGCAAAUACAGACUCCCCGCAGUUUCCACCCAACAAUGAUGUCAUCAGCCCCAUUCGUUCCAUCAAGCCUCAGACCUUUCAGGACGCUGAGACACGUGAGGAGACACCGGUGUCACCCCAUAGUAAUCCUCAAAGCGCUGGAGUUAUACACAAUUCUGCAUCGCCAUUGGCGCCCACGAAUAGUAGCAAGACCGUCGGGGAUGUUUUGUUGGAACCCUCGCGGGAAAAUUUGGCUUCCAUUCCAUCCACUGCUUUAAAAGACGCCAACAAAAUGCAGGUGGAAUCCUACGGCCUUCAGUCGUUUAUUUCUCCGACCGAUCACGAGCCGCUUGUUGAGCCUCUUUCGGAGGCUGAUGGUAACUCCACUGUCGUGGAGGGGGAACAAGGCGAGGGAACAACCAAAGCGGACGAGAACAAGGGGCUCCGGAUACCAAAGAAUCUUUCAUUUGGAACACCUGCUGCCAUUAUUGGAAAGGACGUGUUUGACACCACAAAGCCCAUGCUUCGUGAUCUUGCGCGUUCCUUACCUUCGAGGCGGCGUGGCCAAAACGAUAUACUGGAGGGGGGAUGCGUGUCUAUCAUCACAAACAAUCGAUUUCAAGGCGUUGUUAAACGUGCUGUGGAAACGCUGAGUGAGACUGCGGCGAACAUGUUGCGACGAGUUUACUGGAGAAGAUGGCAGUACAAAGUUGCACGAAAGCUUGCAAAUAAUCUUAUAGAGGAAAGGGUCUGGAUGCGGACUCGUGGCGGUGCAAGGCUUGUGGACAGCGUCCCGCACACCUUUGAUGUACCGAGUCUUGAGGAUUAUGUCUAUGAAAAGCGCGUUUGUACAAGAGAAAGAAAUGCUGACUUUUCCGAUGAUCUGCAGAGGGCAUUACGUGAGCUUCUCUACACCGCCAAACACCAUUUGGUGGAGGCAAACGAUCCAGAGGAUACACCAUUUAUUUUUGACAAGGAUCUCUGUCCUGUUCGGGAUACAAAAGAACUUGCAGCGGCUCUUUGCUUAUUAAAGAACAUGAUUAUUGACUUUUCUGAAACAAAGUCGAUAGUUAAUUUGCGAGAGCGUGAGCUUUCGAAGUUAAGAGAUACGAAUGAAGUCUUACGGCGCAGGUUAGGGGAGGCAGAAACUUCACUGUCGCAUCUUACCCAGGUGGGGGAGGAAAUGGCUAUUGUUCAGGCGCAGUGCGACAAGUUGAAGGAAGAACUUGGGCAGGCGGAAGAAGGAUGGAAAAAUGCCAAGUACCAGUUGCAAUUUCUCCAGCGAGAGCUUAAGAAGGAAAGAAAUCAGCCCCCUUCCAACGCAGAACAGUUGCUGCAGCGGAAGGAUAAUGAGGUGGUGUCUUUGCAGCGAGAACUUUCCAAGCUGCGAACAAAGUUACACCGCGAGGUGAAGGAAAAGGAAUCGCUGAGAUCGCAGCUGAAGGAGGUAAAGGCGGAGGCGGUGUGUGCAGCGCAAAAGUUGGAGAAGUGGGUUUCUUCUGGUGCCUUGGCCAGUCGGGGCCGGUCUGCCGGAGCGUUGGCAUCACAACUGAAUCUUCCCAGGGGUUUUUUCUCCUCCGGUUUUUUGCAGACGAUGAAAACGGAAAAAAUACGGGACGAGGAAUACUUGCCGCUGGGUGUGGCGGAAGAUGCCAGAGAGGUGACGUCACUUGUGGGGAGGACGAGUCAGGAUAUCGUGCGGGAGAAUUUGCGGCUUGAAGUGGAGCUCAGACAAAAUGAGGCCGCCCCUGAGGAAAUUGAAUUUGGAAAUUGCCCGCACUGCAGGAGGCGGCUCACAUCAUGUUCCGCCACGCCCACGGGGCCGCCUGGUAAAAAAGCGGCCUUUUGCUUCAGCUGCAGGCGGUCCUACACCUUUGGCGACCUUACGACACGGGGAAAUUUGUCUGCGGUGCCGUUGGUGAAAAGAUGGAAAGAUCCCUCUCCGAGAAGCUUUGUGAAAUAUUGA